AUGGCGUCAGCAGGCAUGCGCAACAUGGCAAGCAUGCUUAGCUUCGUCACCCACGCGCCACCGGACAUAACAAAAGUGCCUCACAUUGUGGGACUGUCGACAACUCCACUGCAAUUCGCUGGUCCUGAGAAGAUGGGAUUCUUUUUCACGGAAUUCCUGAAGUGGAAGAUGGUGUUCCAUGGCCUGGGAAGUCCUGACCACCAGGCGUGGUACUCUCUUUUUGAGCCGCAAGAAGCCAUGGUGAUGCACAACUGCACCUACGGCAUGGAUAGCGUUAGCAUUGACAAGCGUGAAAGCAUUCUCUCUCGAAUCCGAGUCUCGUCCAAUACCGCAUUUCUAGUCAAGGCCUUUGUCGAGGAGCUUGAUAAGCAGGCCGAGUCUGCCGCAGCUCAUGAUGGAUGUCUGAUUGUGGUAGUCUCUGGCGAGAUGAGCCCUGAGCUCAACAUCUGUCUCAACCUAGAUGGAUGUAGCAGCUAUCUUAGAAAGAGCUCUUGGUUCGAUCAUUUGCCCAAGAAGUACGGAAUUCCGAUCACGGUUAUGACACCCUCGUUUUUCUCGACAGGAUGGACAAUGAAUCCUUUUCUGGGCCAAAUCAAGCCGGAGCUCACCUCCCCCGAGGCAAUGGAGAUUAUGCUUGCCCAGUCUUGCGGCGGCGCAUUCACAGAGGCAAUAAUCAAAGCUCUUGUUAGCAUGAGCCAAUUCCAAGGCUCGGUCAUCGAAGCAGCCAACGUAACCGGAAAAGACUUCUUUGUUCCAUUUUACAAUGCCAUUCAUGGUAGUCUCAUGAAUCGGACUCCAGAGGAAAGCGCUGCAACGGGUGAGCAGCACAGGUGGGAAGAUCUCAAAACACCGGCAAAGCCAACUCCAGCGGAUAGCACUCCAACGAGCGGCUACAUGUUUUUGAAGGGUGCCUUUGGAGGCUCGAAGGAGUCUCAGCUACGCCACAUCCAGUUCCUUGCUCAACAAGAGCUUCGAUCUUACCCUGGUGAUUGGGAUCAGCCUGGAAACAGAGAAGCCCGCAGCACACUACUGACACUGCUUCAGUCUCUUAACCCACAGGAAGAUCGAGUUCGUGAAACGUUUACUCUAAUCGAGUGGCGUUGUUCCAUGAACUUCGUGGCCGACGCAGCUUUGCUUUAUCUUAACAUACCGCAACCUCAGGAAGAAAGCUGUCGCAAUUGGAACUGGGAGGUGCAGCAGUAUGACGAUACAACCACUAAGAACUAUGGACGACUCCGUUCCGAGCUUUUCGGUCAGCUCACGGAAUUUUGGCCCAAAAAUCCCCUUCCAGUGGGAAUCCAACGUAAUAGUUUUCGCGAUAAUCUGUACUGGCGACCUUUGCAGUACCUCUCCGCUGCCAUUUGCAAAAACGUUUUUGACCCGAGCGACUUCAACAAGGCAGUAGCCGCUGGGUUUGAAGCCAUGGAAAAGUUGAAGGCCUUUGUCACGAGAAUGGCGCAACUUCAACUUCUCAUGAUUCGCAACGAGAACAGUAUGGUCAUGAACCUUGGUCAAGCUUGGGCAAAUUGUGCUUUAGGCCAGGACGUUCGCACUUCAACCGGAACCGUCCCCGCCUUGCCCAUUUCUAUCGCACAGGCUACAAUGGAUGGCGCCGUCUUGGAUAUUUCUAUGGUGACAGAGAGAAAGACAACAGUUCCAUCAGGACCUGUUUUAGCGGCCGCCCAGAAGCCGGCUGUUGUGACGGAAGCAGCAGCAGCAAACUCAUUCCAGCAGCAGCAGACGAACGAUGCUGCAGAUAUUAGCGUGAGGCUGCAGGCCAAUCCCCGGCUUCUGGAGAAAGUGAGGCAACUUCUUGCUAGUCAAGAUGAAGCGAGUGACGGUAAGGUAGCAGUACCUGUAGGCUGUGCUGCGAACUCAACUAUUAGUAUUGGAGCCUCACCAGGCGCCAAGGCCGCGUUGCCCCCUUGGCCGGUUUCGCCGGAACUCGUCCUGGGAAGCGUCCCACCCCUCCAACAUGACAAGGCUACAUCUCCACAGAUGAGAGCAGUGUUUGAGAGGAAAAGGAUGCUUGAGCAGAUGGAUGAGAGGGCUCAGGAGGAGGAUUCAAAGCUUAAAGAGGCAAGAAAGGCCCAGAUGGGUGCCAAGUGGUCGGCCAAGAACUGUUGGUGA